CAUGCAUGUGGCUUGAAGAUAAGAUAUGAAAAGGCCACAUCCAAGAAAUUUUACAGUCAAUAAGACUAGUGGAGGUGGUGUUUAUUCUAAACAGACCGAUGGUGGUGGUGUUGGGUUCCAUUCAUCAUCACUUGAUCUCUAAAUCCGCAAUAAUAAUCUCAGCAAACAUUUCUUCCUCUUCUUAUGUGAACAACUCACAAAGAUUGUUCCUCACAAGGCGGAAUUCUUCAAUAUUAGCUACUUCCUCAAUUUUAUCUUCUUUUCUACAUUUGGCGUCUUUUCAGUUGGCAAAUGCUCGAGUAGAAGAAGAAACACCUCAGCGCCAAGAAGAACGAGUCGUUCAGGUAUUCGAAGAGGCUUCUCCUUCGGUGGUUUUUAUUAAGGACUUUGAAUUAGCUGAGACCUCGUCAGGCAGAAGCACAAAUACUGAAGAAGUUCUUACGAAAGAAGAAGAGGAAACUGCGAAAGUCGAAGGGACUGGUUCUGGUUUCAUAUGGGAUAAAAGUGGACACAUAGUGACCAAUUAUCAUGUCAUAGCUAAGUUGGCAACUGAUACGACUGGACUUCAGCUUUGCAAGGUAUUUCUUGAAGAUGCACACGGGGAAAAGUUCUCCAAGGAAGGAAAACUUGUUGGUUUUGAUCCCACGUAUGAUUUGGCGGUUUUAAAGAUCGAUGUCGCCGAAGGAAAUUUCGAUCUCAAACCUGCUCUUCUUCGACAUAAAUCACCAGAGGUACCAAGAAGAGCAGGCACCAAAGUUCAGUAUCCUUCUCUCAUCUGUUUUAAGAGAUUCCCGACAUAUCAUAAGAUUCCCGUUCUUGGAAAUCCGCACUUUUCCAAAUCCAAAAAACAGAUGGAAUUCUAGGAUUUAUCCUUGGGGCAAAUACUUUUAUGCAUACCUCCUCUGGCUGAUCCACACCAUACUCUAUUCUCGUAAGAUGAUACACACUAGCUAAGAGUCCGCCUGGUGCUACAUCAUAGGCACACUGAGAGCGUAAUGGAAUGCCAAUCCUCGGGCUUUAUUUGUAAAGUUUCGAAUCCUUGGUAAUCGAAGCCUAAAAAUCUAUGAACUAACCCAUGCUUGACUAGCCAAGCAGACAAAUGACCCUGCAUAUUUUUAAUCUCUCCCGGAUUUUCAUUUGUAUAAGUAGUUCACGUUUACGACGAAAUUUUGGAAAUUAAAGUGAAAGGCAUUUGCUAUUCUUCUGCACAAAAGAAAAGUAGUAUCC